CUCUCCUUCUCUCUCUCUCUCAUACUCAGGAGAAUUUCUCACAAUUUUUUUCCGGUUGCUCUUCUCAGAUCAGAACCAGCAACUCUCGCUGGAUAAUGGAAAACGAAAUCGCUCCGAUCACCUACGGCGGCAGUAGCGCCAGCGUCGCCGGCAUCAUGCAACUGCAAGGGGAACAAAGCUGCGGCGCCGUUUCACCUUCUUUCUACUCGGAUCAACUUUACCAGUCAAGUCGUGAGGUCAUGCAGCAGUACCAAGACAUGGUCAAUCGCCAUGCGCUGUGUCUCACGCGCCUCCGUGAGGCCUCUCUGGAAGCGGAAUCACUCCGUCUGCAGAAUUCCAAGCUCCGAUCUAUGAAUCGCGAGCUCAGUCAGCAGCUCAACCUCCUCAUCCGAUCCUCUGUUCAGAGCCACAUCGACUACAACACUACAUCGUUUCAGAUGCUCAACGAGCUUAGCAACCUCUCCAUCGGAGGCAACGAUAUCGGCGAAGGGGAGGAUCAGAAUCGUUGGGAUGAAUUCAACGAUGAGAGUCCGACGAGUGUGAUGGAGAACACAGAUCUGGAGCGCUCUUCGCUGCCGAAAAGUAUCUCGGUGAGGUCCAGCGGCUACUUGAAGGUGAGCCAAGGCGGUGGGACCAGUCAUGUUGGAAAAUCUCGAGGCGCCACGACUAAGCCAGGGCCUUCUGGCCAACUCAGCACGACGCAAAAAGUGUAUCUGCGAGGAGGGAAAAAAGAGGAUGAGCGGAUCGAACUCGAAGUGUACAACCAAGGCAUGUGGAAGACUGAGCUGUGCAACAAAUGGCAAGAGACAGGAGCGUGUCCAUAUGAUGACAAUUGCCAAUUCGCUCAUGGAAUUCAGGAGCUGCGUCCAGUGAUCCGCCAUCCUCGUUACAAGACAGAGGUAUGUAGAAUGGUACUUGCAGGUGAUAUGUGUCCGUACGGUCACCGUUGCCAUUUCCGCCACGCGCUGACUGAGCAGGAGAAGCUGAUGAGUAGCUUCAAGGCCAAGCCCGUCAAGCUCAAUUGACAGGUAUAUCUACGUUUGAGCCAAGCCUAUCAUGAUCUGAUCUGAUCCAUCUUUGUAAACGAACUUGGAGAGGGAGAGAGAGAUUAUUGGUAUUAGUUUGUUGAAAGGGGGUGGUCAACAAACCAUUUGAUUUGAUAGAAACAUGGAAUUCUCAACAAUAUAUAUAUAUAUGGUUGCCAAAAUCAAUAUAUCUCUAGAGAAAAGUGGAAUUUUUAUUUUUUGUGUUUUA